AUGUCUCAGCAACCCCUGCGGUACGCUCGGCGGCCGGUUUACAUCCUCGCCGCCUAUCUUUUUCUAUUAGUCGUUCCCUGGCUCUGCCUGUGCGUCGUCAACCGACGAACGACCUCCGACCCGCUGGGGAUUGUCAUGCAAGACGACCUCGACAGCUACCGCCGGUGGCUAAGCGCGGCUUCGUUUCUGGGCAUCGUGGCGGCGGUCGCUGCCCUGCCCUGCGUUACGGCGCUUCUAGCCUACGGCGCGGUUAUCUUCUCGCAGCGACGAUCGAAACAGCAGUCGCUCACAGUACGACAACUGCUGGCCAUCUCGGACCUGAAGUGGACGGCCUUCGUCUCAAGCGGCGAGUCGUCGUCCUAUUUGCUUCUGGCCACCGGCCUGCUUUUGCUGGCUGCCGUGCAACCACCAUUGCAAUCACUGUUGAUGCCGGCGUCCAGCCGCCUGGUGUAUCCUUGCGACAGUUCAAGACACCUCAGCAAAUGGGAUCGUUCAUGUGAUGGCGUGGAAAACCGUGCCCAGAAGAUCGGCAAGGACGCCGAGCCCGUGUUGCUCAGGGAAACAGGCGCCCCGCCCAUCGUCGGCGCUGUCAGAAGCAAGAUGGUCAACAUCACCUCGGCGGACAUCCAAGAGAAUCUGUGGCGGGACGGCGAUACGCAACGUAGUUUCAUGACAGGAGAGGCCCAAGCAUACAACGAAUCGUUCUGGGUAUCGGCGGUGCCUGCGGGGGCGACGACGGGACCGCUCAGGCAGCACUCUAUUCGGCUCAGCUCAUCCGCGAAAUGCGAGGUUGCGGGCCGUGAUGCGUUUCCCGUCAGCUGCGACGGCUACGCAACCUCUCUCGAGGGCUUCGGCGUCGUCGUGCGGACAUGUAUGCCAGGCAGCCAUGCGAACACGGACAGCGGCAUUCCCCCGAGACGUCGCCAGGAUGUCGAGGAAACCCUCUUCAUCGAUGCGCAAAUCAGUGGCGAGGCGGCCAAGUCAAAGGACUUUCUGCCGGAGCCAGCGGAAAAUGUCACCAUCAAGUGUGUCGCCAGGACGACGCGCGCGUUCUUCGAGAUUGGCAACUUGCACACGGGGUCCCGUCCGUCGGAUAUCGUCGAUGAGUGGCCAUCGGACAUGGCACACUUUCAUGAUUAUGACUGGCUGGGCAACCUCAUCACCAAUACGUCUCAAGACGACUGGAACCGCGAUCGGUUCGCUGGCUGGACCUCACCGCAGGGCCCGCUGCGAUCAACUGUCGAGGCGCUCUUCGGCAAUGGCUCGUACCCUGAAGCCGUCUUCGACUUCUUGAGGCAGACCUUCCCCGACCAGCAGUUGCCAGAUAACCAAGCCCCCGAUGGCGCGGUCCGGGAUGCCACGCGCAAGGCCUGUGCCUUGGAGGCUCCCUUCAGCUCCUGGCAGCUCCCCUACAACUCCGACAAUGACGAAUUCGAUUCGUGGUUUGCCUCGGCAUACCAGGCCUGCUCGCUUAAGGAGCUCCCGAAGACGCUGUUCAGGAUCGCGCAGGGUCUCCGGUAUGAGAAGGUGGCAAAGAGCACCCUCGGCGUGGGCAUGUACCUGUCCAACGCGGCCGUUCUCCAAGACGCCGCUGCGAACGACGCGGCAAGAACCAUCUACAACUUGACCGGCAUCGGUUUCGUCGCGCCUCGUUACACUCUGGGGGCAACAGUCGCCAUCAGCCUGCUCAUUAGCGCGCAGGCCGUCGCCCUCAUACUGCUCGUCUUCUACAUCUACAGCCUGCCCACUUGGACCGACACGCUGGACGCCUUCGCCAUGAUGAGGCUCGGGGCGCAUCUGAGGGAGUCAGUGGAACUGCCUAGCCUAGGCCGCGUCAACCGGGGGGAGGUCGCAGUGCUGGGCGAGACGGACGGUCUGCUCGGGGUCGUGCCCGGCACGGCGGGCGACUCGGAGGAGGAUGUCGAAUUGGCCGCAUUGGCCCCCUCCAGCGCCACGCGGAGGGACGGAGCAUCCGCACACCACUACGCGAUGCUUAGCCCACUAUCACCGACCAGUACACUCUCGUCCCGCGAGGCUCUAGUGCCGCCCACCCACGCGCGCCAGGACGCCACGAUGCCUGGAAUGGACGCUGGCGAGCUGAGCGACUUUCUCCAGGGGGCCCCGCCGGCGACUCCCUCAGUGUCGUCCACUCAUAGCUCUCCACCGCCACCACCGUACAUGCCGGCCAGAUCGCCAAAUAGGGGCCAACGGGCGAGGGGGCCGCUCCGGUUGGCAUUGGGAGCUUCUGGGCCCAUUACGGGAGCAUUGUAG